GCCAGCGUUAAGUGACUGCUGAAAAAAACAGACAGUGAGCCGCGGCUGGGAAAUGUCAUCAGCAUUGGAAACAGACUUCCAACAAUCAAUAUGGUUAUUCUUUGAGGGAUGAAAUGAGAGAACCGGUUUCGCUGUUUUUGUUUGAAUACGAACGGGACUCCAGAUCUCGAAUCAACGUGAAGAGGGAAGUUAUCUUAGCUCCCAUCCGCCGAGGAGAGGCGCUGUCCCUGGUCCUGAAGUCACUUCAACAGCUCGGUCAUCUCACCCAAGACCUCGUGCGAAGACAACUUGAGGCAAAGCAAGUAAAUAAGACUCUGUCCACCAGCAGCUCCUAAAAGAGCUGAAUAUGGUAACUCUGUACAGAGUUCAUCUGCAAACUUUGAUACUUUUGGUUUUUGUUGUUCACCUGAGCAGGCCGGUAUGUGUUGAUGUGCCGUCAGAGACCGAAGCAGUCCUUGGGAAGUCCAUGAGGCUGACAUGCAUCUCCUGUAUGAAGAGGGAGGAGGUCAAAGCAAAGACACGCGUGGACUGGUACUACAAGUUAGAAAGAGAAGAAAACACCAAACCUGACAAAACUCAUAUAUACAAAUAUGAAAAUGACAGUCCAAUGGAUGUAGAUGGACCAUUUAAAGGACGUCUGGCCUGGAAUGGGAGCCAAGACUUGCAAGAUGUUUCCAUUGUGAUCCUUAAUGUCACUUAUAAUGACAGUGGUCUUUACGAGUGCAAUGUUCUUCGUGAGUUUGAGUUUGGCUUUUUUACCCCCUCAUUCACCACUACGAAGAACAUCUCACUCAAUGUGAAAGAAAAAGCCACUCACGACACCACAGCCAUCUACUCGGAGAUCAUGAUGUAUGUACUGCUGGUGUUCUUGACCUUCUGGCUUCUGGUAGAAAUGGUCUACUGCUACAGGAAGAUCUCCAAGUCUGAUGAGCAGGCUCAGGACACAGCGACAAACUACCUAGCCAUUCCCUCUGAGCACAAAGACAAUCCAGCUGCUCCCGUUACCGAAUAAAAGCAGUUUUCAUUGACACGAUACUGAUCAUGAUGGGAUGUCGUGUUGUGUGCAGAUGCUAUGAUCUCAUCUGGACAAUAUGAACGCAUCAUUACUCUCAGACAGCCAUGUGAAUCCUGCCUAUCGACCUCCCCUGUGUAUCGACUGUGUCUUGUGAAGAGCCAGUCAAAAAUGUCCAAGUGCUCAAUUUUUCUGCUCCUUUUCCUCCCUUUAGUCACCUCUGUGCCAAUCAAUCAGUAGCUUACAGAGCAAAAAUGUUGGUGUCUUGCACUUAAUAAUGUCAAUGCUAUAUUUGGACCUGCAGUUGCGUACACUUAAUAACCUUUUCCUAGUAGUUAAUCGUGCCUCUGUGAUUUCUAUAACCUGUAUGACUUGAGGAGAGAAUCUAUCCCAAUCUUGUCAACUUGUAUAAGAAUUCUGUUGUACCUGUUUAUUUUAUUACCUUUUUAUAGACCAUGGCAUGAUUUUUGGGUCAGUUUUAUUUGUAUUGGCCCAAAGUCUUUUUAAGAAUUUUGGGUUUGAAAGCUUUUAUACAGUAUGGAUGUGCAUUUAGCUCUUGUAUUUAGUUUUUCUAUAUGCACUGAUGAAUUCACAAUGUCAUGGAAAUGUACAGAUAAAAUGACUCAAUUUCCAUUCAUCUGAAUUCAUCUAGACCUCCUUCCUUUACUCUCCUCUGUGUACAUUUUUAAUCCAUGUUCAGCUCUGAUGUACAAUCAGUAGUCUUACUGCACUCAAUUGCUCUAAAAUGUAUUCAUGAAGCUUUGACUGUUGCUGAAGUUCUGCAGUAGCAUAGCUAUUGAGAAUAAAUGUGUGCCUCUUUUUACAGUGCAGCACUGUGGAAUUGUUUAUAAUCUGAUUCAAUCAUUUCAUGCUGUUCUGUUACAGAUACAAUAUCUCAUGUGUGAGUGAACUACUUUUUAACUAUUAAACAGUGCAAUGCACAGCUUGA